AACAGCAGCUGCAGAAGCGUGAGACACGUUUUCCCCCUCUCUCUCUCUCUCUCUCUCUCCCUCUCUCGCGACCGUCAACAGUGCAGAAGAGCAGGAUGGGAGAACUGAGCGUGAGGAGGAAGUGAGAGAGCUGUAUAGAAAGCUGACGUUGAAAGGGAGGGAAGCAAGAAGACAGAAGGGGCGCCUGCUUCUUUUUGACAGCCUCGUUUUUUGGAGUUGGAAAGACAGAGUGUUGGAGAUCACUGCGUUAGUCUUAACUGAUCCAGAGGAAAAGGAAGUUUACCGUUAAAGCUCGGAGGUGGCAGCAGGUUUAGGACUCGACUCUUGGUGCAGGGAUGUCCUGGUUGUCUCCGGUCCAGUGGGCCAAAUGGACGUGGUCGGCAGUGACCGGGGGUGCGGGGGAAGACGAGCAAACCAGACAGCCAAGAGCAAAGGAUGAUGGAGAUGUCAAUUCAGACUCAGAGGGGACCUUCGAGACUCCAGAGGCAGAGUCUCCGUGUGUUGUGAAUCUGCUGAGCCAACUGGACAACUCCAACCACUCAGUUCUUCCUGAUGUUACAAACCACUUUCUGGACAAGAACUCCAACCAGGAUGUUUCUUCCCAAGAGGUCGAUUCCCUGAACAACCUCACCAGCUCGUCCCCUAACAACAGCUGCGUUGGUUUGGAUCAGAACCUCAACAUGACCCUGGGCACCAAACCAGGAGAGGGUCUCUCCCUGUCCAGCCCUCUGCCUCCGCAUCAAGCCCUCCGGCCCCCAUCACUGUCAGUCAUCUCCCCACUGAACAAACCCGACCCUGAGGAGGUGGACGACGAGGCUCCGAUGACCUCUGACUCAAGCCCAGACUCAAACCUGACACCCAGCCAUGACGUUUGUGUGGAUCCUGACUUGCUCAAUGGCAAUUUGAACUCUGACUCUCCGCUAGGGAACGCAAAACUGACAUGUAACCUGGAGGGAAGCGAGACCAACAGCAAGAUUAUCACGAACUCCUGUAAAGUAAAGCAGAACCAGCCGAUGCAGAAGGACUUCAGCGGACAGGACGACCAUCAUGGAGGCCACGCCACAGAUGAGGAGAAGUUGGCAAGCAGUGCCGGGGUCAAACCAGACAAGGACCAAAGCAUCCAAGAGUGCCAUGUGACAUCCAAAGCUGCAGAGUCAGACUGCUGCUCUGUGCAGUACGAGGACCCGUGCAAAUUGAAAAACAAGUCGGGGGGAGGAAGUGAGAUGCAGAAAACGGGAAGUCAAGUCUUGGAUUCCAUCUGCAUCAGUGAGGCAGAAAAACAGGCCGUUCUCACCCUCAUCAGGGAGGAGAUUAUCACUAAAGAGGCAGAAGUCAACGACUGGAAGAAAAAGUAUGAGGACUGCAGACAAGAAGUCAAUGAGAUGAGGAAGAUUGUUGCGGAGUACGAGAAGACAAUCGCUCAGAUGAUCGAGGAUGAACAGCGCAACAACUUGAGUUCCCAGAAGGCUUUGCAUGCUGUGACGAUGGAGAAGGAAGCUGCCCUGGCAGACCUGAACUCUGUGGAGCGGUCGCUCUCUGAUGUGUUUCGUCGCUAUGAAACUAUGAAGAGCACGCUGGAGGGUUUUAAGAAAAAUGAGGAGGUGCUGAAGAAGUGCGCUCAGGAGUAUCUGGCCAGAGUAAAGCAGGAGGAGCAGAGAUACCAGACACUCAAACUCCACGCUGAGGAGAAACUAGACAAGGCCAAUGAGGAGAUCGCUCAGGUGCGUGCAAAGGCAAGUUCGGAGAGCGUGGCGCUGAACGCCAGCCUGAGGAAGGAGCAGAUGAAGAAUGAGUCUCUGGAACAAGCCCUGCAGCAGAAGAAUCAAGAGAUCGAGGAGCUCACCAAGAUCUGUGACGAGCUGAUUGCAAAAAUGGGAAAAAUAGACUGAGAGACACUUCCUGUGUAUCAGCCACCGCCGUCCCUCCGGUCCUGCCGACAGUGACGUCCUGUGCAUGCCCCCAGCCACGAAGCAGCUCUCAUACCCUGUGCCAGCCCUGCAACUCAGAGACUGCUCAUGUACAGAUGUCUGAAGUAACUUCCUGAAUGCUACAGUACUUGUGACGAGAAUCGUUAAGAUUCUGUACAUGCUAAUAAUUGUUGGGACUCUGUCAUAUGUUGUCACUUUGUUUGCUUUUUGUGUCCAUUAUGACGCCAUCUGGAUCCCGUGUGCUUUUGUCCAUCAUGCCAGUGAACAACAACCCGCUUGUGACUCAGCUUAAAUUCCCAGCAGCUUAACAGCUAAAUUCUCAGCAACUCCUCCAGCAGGAUGACAUCAGAUUUAAUGCAGCCUGGAGGUUGUUUUUUGAGUUGCAUUUAGGCAUAUACGAGGAUGGGCUUUGACGAGGAUUGUUUCAUAUUAAAGCAACAAUCCAUAAAAAUGUAUUUUUCUAUGAAGUAAACAAGGAUUUUACUCUGAAUGAAAGAAGCUCAGGGGUAUUGUUUGGAGCAGAAUGAGGUCAGGGUUAAAAUCAGGGUGUGCAAGAACAGGAGGAAAGGAUUUGGGGUUGUUUGAGGAAACACAGUAGACCUUGUUCAGGAAGAACACUGCACCACAGUAAGUCUAGACCACAAGUCAGUGAGACUAUAGCUUAAAAUAAUUCUCAGCGUUUGCUUUAGCUGGUCUGCAGGACUGCAGAGAUGGGAUUCUGGACAAUUCAAGUAGCUGCAGAUAAUUUAUCACUCACAGAAAAGUAUAAUAAAACUGACAAUCAAGGAUUUUCUUGUGAUUACAUAAAUGUUGUCGUAUUGUUCUGUCUGUUAUAAUACAGGCAGCUUCUUCACAAAGUGUAAACAACAUCAACAUUAGUGGUCGUUUGUUAAGAAUCUGGAUAAAGUUAAACGUAAUAACUCAAUAUUAUGGCUGAAAAUAGUCGAAACUAUUAAAAGAUUGGAGAGUGCUGCAGUACCACAACUGUUGUUUUUUUUAUCACUCUGUCACUGAUUGAAUAUUAUCUUUGUUUUCAUCCACUACUCCCAUUAUCUCUAACCACCAAACAGGAAACGAAGAGUUUAACAGCUUUGUAAGAAGUGUUUUCUAUCGCUAAUGUGUGACAAAGAUGUGAGAUCUCACGCCUGUAUCUACAGCUCUGCACUCUAGUUGUUGUAACAGAUGAAUUUAUUUUGUUGCAUGUUCAUUUACAUAACUUCACAUUUCUCAGGCUGUAAAUUGUUUUCGAGCACAGUUCUUCAGUAAUCAGUAAAUGCAGAUGGACGUCAUUGGAAAUCUUUAACUACUGGUGCCAGUUUGAUACCUGGGUAUCAGCACUGAUAGCAAAUCAAUACUCUUUUUCAACACAAGCUGUUUUAUUUCCAUUUAACAAAAUAAGCCAAACUUCUCAGUUCCAUCAGUGUUGAAUUAAGGCAUAACACAAACAACCAUCUGUAUUUUAAUCACUAUAAAAUGUGAAAAACCCUAUGAUUUAAUCAAACAAUAUUUUGUCAAUAAAUAAAACAAUUCUAAGAAUCUGACAAACUCUUUGGAACUAAUUCAGUCUGUAUUUCAGAUGUUUUACUGUUGGUUUUCAGCCUCGUAAAUCCACUUGUGACACAAACCCACUGAUGCACCACCAUUUAUCUUUGUGUCAGUCUAACGUCACAUUAUUGUUUUGCUGUUUUUGUUCCUUUCUUGAAUUAUUGUUUGAUAUUUGUAUAUUAGAAAUGGCGAUCUCACACUUGUGUCGACACCUUGAAGACUAACAGGGUGAGUGUGUGUACAUUUACCUGAAUAAGUAUGAAUAUAAUUUGUUUUACUAUAA